AUGGCGAAAUCUGCGAGAACUUUUCUUUGCCGACCACGGGAUCCCGCAAAAGAAGGCUGGGGAGGAGCCGCUGCCAGCCCUAGGGGAGGCCGGGCUCCCCCCGCAGGCCUGGCGUCGGCGGAGGCCCAGCGCAGCUUCGCCUCCAUCCCGGAAACGGACACGGGGCCCGGCCAGGCCUUCAGUGUCGCAGGCCUGAAAUGUUCGCAACAGCGGGGCCCCUUCGCGGAGGCCCUGGAGAGACAGAGCGGUCCCUGCGCGAGGAAAGGAAACCGAGGCGCCGGCCGGGUGCGGUCCGCGUGGCCCGGUGGCGGUGAGCACCGCUCUGGGCGGCCUGCUGCCGUGCGCGCUGUUUCGCUUCCUUCACGGACGGAGGGAGGGAGGGCCUGCGGGGGAACAGGAGAGAGAAUUCGCUGCUUGUCAGACGGAGGCUACAGCCGGAAGAAAGGACUGGUUUUCAGAGACAGAUCUGUGCGCCGCCCCCCCCCCCCCAACGGGGGACUGAAUCCAAGGCCUUCGCCCGAGCUACAUCCCCGGGCUUUUUAUUUUGAGACAAUCUUCUGGUCCCUAAGCUGCCCUUGGGGCACUGGAAUUUAUUUGCCGCCCUCCUGCCUCAGCCUCCCACAGGGCCGGGACUGCCCGGGGUCACCAGGCCAGGCUUCAGGCUUCUUUCGGGUGCCUUGGGUUGACUAUGGAGCUGCGAUCCAUGAACUCUGCUUGGUUUUUGAUUCGAAGAAACAACUCCUAAGAACACUGGAGGCAAUAAGGGAAAGGUGAAAGAGGCCAAGUGUUCAGGGAGGCGGAGGCACUGCUGUGAACGUGAAAAGCCUGAGGAAAGUUGUUCUUCACCCAGAAUCAGUGGGAGGAGCUCCCUGAUCAUCAGGCCACAAGGAAGCCUGUGAGGCCUUGGCAGCAACUCCCGGAUUUUGAAAGGAUGGCAGAGGAUGGCAACAUGGCCAAGCAUCUGAGAGGAAGGGGCAGUACAGUGUAGAAUAACCGGCCUACCUGCAAGGAACUGCUUUUCCUGCCUCCUGGGAU